AUGGCGAACUCCAAAUAUGCUUAUGUUCGAAACUUUGAGCUUCCAGACCCACUUUUACCCGGCACAUUUAUGCUGUUUCGUUUGGAUGGGCAUUCAUUUCAUCGGUUCUCGGAUCAACAUGAAUUCGCAAAGCCGAACGAUAUUCGCGCGUUGGAACUUAUGGACCAUGCUGCAAAAGAUGUCAUGACCGAGUACCCUGAUAUCGUGCUUGCCUUUGGAGAAUCAGAUGAAUUUAGUUUCCUUCUUCGAAAAUCGACCACGCUGUACAACCGUCGGGAAUCCAAGAUCGUCUCCACUUUAACAUCGCUCUUCACGUCUUCAUACGUCCUCAACUGGCCAAAAUACUUCCCGAACACACCCUUGAAGUACCCGCCAUCUUUUGAUGGUCGCAUUGUUCUGUAUCCGGAAGAAAAACAUAUUCGCGAUUAUUUUGCGUGGCGGCAGGCAGACACGCACAUCAAUAAUCUGUACAAUACAACAUUCUGGGCCCUGAUACAGCAAGGAGGUCAGACUGCCACGGAAGCUCACGCAACUCUACGAGGCACUUUCUCAAAGGAGAAGCACGAAAUCUUGUUUAGUCGCUUUGGAAUCAACUAUAACCAGCUAGACGCGAGAUAUCGGAAGGGUAGCGUGCUGUUCCGCGAAGAGAUUCCUUCAGACGAUCUCGUGGCGACAGGUACGACGGUGACUGAAUCCGAAGAGGUCCUUGAAGAUCCAGAGGUUGGCGGCAGCAUCACGUCGACCCAAGGAGAGAAACGGAAAGGCAAAUCAAAGAAAUCGAAACAAAAACAGACAAGAAUAGUUCUCGACCACUGUGAUAUUAUCAAGGACGAGUUUUGGGACACUCGGCGCUGGAUUUUGAGCGAGUGA